AUGGAAUCCAUUAUAUCAAAUCCACAAACAGAACAAACAGUCGAUUCUUCUCAACUAGCUCGUCGUCGAAAAAUAUUUGGCACAUGUAAAGGUUGUUCUCAACCAAACACAAAUUUUAAUGAAUGUGAUGCGUGCGAAGCUUGGGUGAAACAACAACAAACAAAAUUAUUGGAACUACAAAACGAAAUAGAUGAUCGUAAGAAUCGUAUAAAUCAACAGACUUGUAAUAAUUGUGAUCAACCAAAACAUGUUCACCAUCAUAUUGCUGCUUGUGGUGAAUGUGGUUAUCCGGAAAUGAAGAUUGAAGAUUUAUGUGAUUCACGUUUGCAAGGUUUUCUGCAAUGUCCUGAUUAUACCGAAGUGGUCGAGAGAAUAAGGUUGGAGUUGAAUGAAAUGAAAUAUAAUGAUCCUGAUUAUAAAAAAUUAGUAGAAAUUAAGGAGCGAUAUGAUAACCUCGUUCAACAACAACAGGAUGAGGAAGAUCAUCCAAAUGUGGAUCGAAAUAUUAAAAUGUCACAAAUUGGUUUAAAUUCUUUAUUACGUUCUUCUGCCAUGAAA